UGCUCGCUGCCUCUGGUGCUCAUGGAUAUUUCUAGCUCAGAGAAAAGGGAGUGAGUUAGUAUAUUGUUGCAGAAUGGUAUUAAGAAAAAGGCUAAAAUGGUGCCUUUGUAGUGGGAGUGUUAAUGCUGCCGGUGCCUUGUAGCUGUAAUGAAAGUUAGCUUAUGAGUAGCUAGCUGACUAGCCCAUGCUAGGCCUUCCCUUUCGUCCGGUUUGUCAGGACACUUUAUUGUUUUAUUUCUCUCUUUGUAAACCAGCGUUUUGUUGCUCUUUUGUUUGCUGGCGUAUGCUGAUUUUUUUUUUUGCUUUUUGCUUCCUGUGGUUCAUAAGGAAGUGAAAUGAAGAGGGUGAACAGCUUUCAGAGGUUUAUGAACAGACGGGCCUCUGCUAACUGCCGCUACCAGCCCACUUGCUAUGAGCAUGCUGCAAACUGCUACACUCAUGCACUCCUCAUUGUGCCGGCGGUCGUGGGCAUGGCGUUACUGCACCGUCUGUCGGACAACCGCUGGGAGAGGAUCACAGCCUGGGUGUACGGCAUGGGCCUCUGCGCCCUUUUCCUGGUCUCCACUGUGUUUCAUAUCAUCACCUGGAAGAAGAGCCACAUGAGGUCUGUGGAACAGUGUUUCCACAUGUGCGACAGAGUGGUCAUCUAUUUCUUCAUUGCUGCCUCCUACACACCUUGGUUAAACCUGCGUGAACUGGGCCCUCUAGCAGCACACAUGCGCUGGUUUGUAUGGCUCAUGGCUGCUGCUGGAACCAUCUACGUCUUCAACUAUCAUGAAAAGUAUAAACUUGUCGAGCUGGCCUUCUAUUUGACGAUGGGAUUUUUCCCAGCAUCAGUUGUGACGUCAAUGAGCAACACUGAGGGGCUUCAGGAGCUGGCCUGCGGAGGACUCAUCUACUGCCUCGGCGUGUUCUUCUUCAAGAGCGACGGCGUCAUCCCCUUCGCCCACGCCAUCUGGCACGUGUUCGUGGCGCUGGCUGCAGCCGUGCACUACUACGCCAUCUGGAAAUACCUCUACAAGGCUCCCAGCGCCGACACCCUCCUCGACUCGUGACCACAGCGGGUGGCCCCCGUUCUCCUCCCCUGAGCAAAGGCGCUUUGCACACCGACUCCCUCAACUGCCCGCUGAAGCUGCAGCGACAGCCGAAAAGUUUACGAAAAAAUAUUGACCAUGAAUUGUUUACUGUUUUCUAAUGUGGAGGAGAACAGGUUUUUCAGCGUCUCCAUGAUGAACAAAAGCUACUUUAAAAGCUGUUUUGUACAACUUCAGUCUAAAAAAAAAACAAAAAAAAACAAAAAAAAAAAAAAACUUGACAGUGAGGGAGGGAUUUUUGAACUUUUUACUCUUGGUGUUAAACUGGGCACAUUCAUGAGCAUUUGAGAAAUUUGAUAGCAGUCUUUUGUAUCACUUGAAGAAAGUCACAUUCCAUAUCAAAACCUGGAGACUCAAACAUUUCAGCUGGUGAUUUGAACACUGAGGAUACGAGGUGCUAAAAAUCAGCUCUUUCCAUAUCAUACUUGAGUUGCAGUACCAAUACCAAAAUUGUACUUUUUUUCCCCAUGCUUUUGAGAAAUAUGACUGUUUAGCUACAAAACCUUUUUUUUUCAUUUAACAAAAGAAGCCAAAGGUCUCGUGUUUUUAAACAUGCAGCUUUGCCAAUGUAAAAUGGUUUCAAACUGGCAAAAUUUGAUUUAAAUCAGGAAUCAACUGGUGUCUGACGAGACGUUCAACGCCAACUUUCUGUACCAAAAAGUGUUCGUUUCGAUACCCAACCUUAAUCAGUAGUCUGAGCUUGUUACUUGGUCACGAAGAAAAAGGUCUUUUUUUCUGUUUCUUUCUUUCUUUUUUUUUUUUUUUUUUAACAAAGAUGACAUUUUCAACCCAUCUGAUCCAGGUUCACUCUCCUGACUUGUAUCCAAACACAGUCCUCAGUUUUCAAAGAACCACGCUUGAUUCUGGUGGUGUCUGGCGCCCCCUGCUGGUGGGGACCGGAGUUAAGGAGGUGAUUCAUGACAUUACAGGAAGUGCGGAGGCGACACGCGUGAUAGAUGUGGAUUUUGUUAAUGAGCCAAAUGAGAGAAACUCAGUUCAGGCAGUGUGAUGAUGAAACAGAACUGUUCCACUGUAUUUGUAAUGUGAACAGCGUGCAGUAGUGUGUGUGUGUGUGUGUGUGUGUGUGUGUGUGUGUGUG